CGGCAGCAGCAGACAGAGAGGAGCGGCUCGGAGCGGAGUGACAGCGCCUUAUCUUUUACAUGGUUAAAACACGACGCGGGGACCAAAACACGCACGGAUCGAUAGAAACUCUUCUUAAACACCCAGUCCGUCAUGGAGUCCUAUGACAUUUUAGCUAACCAGCCCGUUGUGAUUGAUAAUGGUUCAGGGGUCAUCAAAGCUGGUUUCGCAGGUGACCAGAUCCCCAAAUACUGCUUCCCCAACUAUGUGGGUCGUCCCAAGCAUGUGCGCGUGAUGGCAGGAGCCCUGGAGGGAGAUCUCUUCAUCGGACCCAAAGCAGAGGAGCACCGGGGCCUGCUGUCGGUCCGGUACCCGAUGGAGCACGGCAUCGUGAAGGACUGGAACGACAUGGAGAGGAUCUGGCAGUAUGUCUACUCCAAGGAGCAGCUGCAGACCUUCUCAGAGGAGCAUCCUGUGCUGCUGACUGAAGCUCCCCUCAACCCCAGCAAGAACAGGGAGAAGGCUGCAGAGAUAUUCUUUGAGACCUUCAACGUUCCUGCUCUCUUCAUCUCCAUGCAGGCCGUCCUCAGCCUGUACGCCACAGGUCGCACCACCGGUGUGGUGUUGGACUCGGGGGACGGCGUGACCCACGUGGUACCCAUCUACGAGGGCUUCGCCAUCCCACACUCCAUCAUGCGCGUGGACAUCGCCGGCAGAGACGUGUCGCGGUACCUCCGCCUGCUGCUGCGUAAGGAGGGCUACAACUUCAACACGUCCGCCGAGUUCGAGGUCGUCCGCACGGUGAAAGAGAGAGCCUGUUAUCUGUCCCUGAACCCGCAAAAGGACGAGACUUUAGAAACGGAGAAGGCGCAGUACGUCCUGCCCGACGGAAGCACUUUAAAUAUCGGUCCGGCAAGGUUCCGAGCUCCAGAGCUGCUCUUCAGACCCGACCUGAUCGGAGACGAGAGCUCGGGGAUCCACGAGGUCUUGGCCUACGCCAUCCAGAAGUCUGACAUGGACCUGCGGCGCACACUCUACUCCACCAUCGUCCUGUGUGGAGGCUCCACCCUGAUCAAAGGUUUUGGGGAACGACUACUAACUGAAGUCAAGAAGCUCGCACCCAAAGACGUGAAGAUCAAGAUUUCGGCUCCCCAGGAGAGGCUGUACUCCACAUGGAUCGGCGGCUCCAUCCUGGCCUCGUUGGACACCUUUAAGAAGAUGUGGGUGUCGAAGCGGGAAUAUGAAGAAGACAGAGCGCGUGCCAUCCACAGGAAGACCUUCUAGUCCUGCGACUGUCCCCAGAACUGCCCUCACAUGUCCCCCAUCAUACUGUCGGAGACCCCCAUCCUCCUGCACCUGUCCUCUCCGGGUCCCUCGUCCUCCGCCACCCUGCCCCCCCCCCCUCCCUCCCUGCUUUAACCCCGUCAGCCUCCUGCUCCCCCCCCGCCCGCCCGCAGAAACACACACGUUUAUGUGUGCUGGUUUCCAUAUGUACCUCCUCUCUCCCAGCUCCUCCUCCUGCUCCUCCUGCUCCCGCUCCACACCCAGAGGGCCGUCAGGUCUGAGAGGCUCGGCGUGGACUCUCCUCUACACUCUAGUCCACUCUGAAGUAUUGGUAUUGCUCUCUUGCCUACAAAAGCUCUGCAAGGUGUAGAAUAUCAUCAAAUGUCAAUAAAUCUGAAUGUUUUUUUUUUCUUUCUUUUUUUGCUACUGUUGAAAUUUCCAUUCCAGACCGAAGAUUUAGAUUUUUAUUUGAUGUCCGUUUUGUAGAUUUUUUUUCUGUUUGACAUGGAUUAUUAGCUCGUCCAGAACAAAAGGUUUGUCUAGCGGGAAACAUAACCACUGUAUUAUAUAUAUAUCUGGCCCAUUAUAACGCGGUUAAUUUAUCAUCAUUAUUACCAAUGAAAUGUUUCUACAUGAACAGGACAUGACGUGUUUGUGUUGAUGAGGAAAAUGUUCAGUCACUCGGUCAGCUUUUUGUCUCAGCUGACGGGAUUAAAAACAAAGUCGAGAAAAAUGCCUUGAUUUUUAUUUUUUAUUUCAUCUCUGGGUUCCACGUUUACAGCAGUCCACAUGCACACUAAUAAAGCAUUUUUAAGCCCGGGUCUUAUUCUCAGAACUGACUCUGGCUCUGCAGAUAAAAGAUGCUCAACUUUAAUUUUACGGAUAUAAAUUCAAACAUUCACACACAGGAAAUAGGCCUUGCAGUUAUAAACAUUUUUUCAUUAUUGUAUCGUGUUAAACUUGAAACAUACUUUAAAAAAUUAAAGAGAUAUUACAAAUUG